AUGGCAACCCAAGAGCUUCGCAGACAAGUCAUUCGGGUCUACAAGGAGUUACUCUACCUGGGCCGUGAAUACCCGCUGGGAUACGACUACUUCCGGACAAGACUACAUGGCGCAUUCGCAGCGAAGAUGAAUCUCACCGACACAAAGGAGAUUGAGGAGGGCAUCAAGAGGGCUGAAUUUGUGAAGAAGGAAGUGGAAGCAUUGUAA